UCUGACUUCUAAUCUGUCAGAGUUAAUCUGUGGGUUAGGCUGCAUUUUUGUGCAUUUUUGUGUUGGCGUAUGAGUUGUCCGGAGUUUUGACAAUUAAAUUCAACGGGAUGCCUCGGCGGCGGCCUCGGCGCCUCUCCCUGAGUGAGGACGAGUGUGACGACGACGACGGCAGAGAGCGCCCUCAGCAGCGGAACGCCGCCAACGCCCGGGAGAGAGCGCGCAUGAGAGUGCUGAGCAGAGCCUUCUGUCGGCUGAAGACCACACUGCCCUGGGUGCCUCCGGACACCAAGCUGAGCAAACUGGACACCCUGAGGCUGGCCACCUCCUACAUCGCGCACCUCCGAGCCGUCCUGUGCCUUGAGGACGAGGAUGACGAGGUCAAGAACACUGUACAUCCACUCAACCUGACUUGGCCGUUCAGUUUCCAACAGCCUGGAACUCCAAGUAAUCCUCCCCUUCGGCCACCCUGGGAGCUGUCGCCUCCGCCCUCACGGCCCACCAGAGGGGAGGAGCCCCUGGACUACCCCGUCACAUACCCUCAAGGAUAUUCCGACCCCCUUGCACAGAUGGGGUAGACAUGUUGUUUGUGUAUAUACGGAAUGUGCAAUACUUAGUUUCAUUGUUACCGGUACUGUGUAAAGUAAAAGAAGAGAUACAAUUAUUUUUCUUUCAGGUUUAAAGUCUGUAAAUAAGACAAAACCCGGUAAUUUUCAUUUUUUUAAUUCCUGAACAGGCUAAACUUACACCCUACAACUUAAUCGUAGGAAUGGGAUGUAUAAUAGUCUACCAAAGGUUUAACUGGAAACAGUGUUCAAUGCAUAGAAAACGCGAGAACAAUCUAAAUUAAAAUACAGAGUGUUUUUAACAUCCCAAAUAGUUUCCUAGAGACACUUUUUAACUAAAAAAUGUUCAUAUGGUAUAAUUGUUUUCAUUACUUCAUUGCCUAUCAGCUGAAAUGCAUCGUUAAAGUUAUCUGUAAGGUUGGUGUUAUUGAUAAUUUAUCAUGUAAAUAAGUGAUACUAAUGUUGUUUCACAUGCUCAUACAGACUCCCAAUAACACUUAAUGGAUAACAAUGCAACAAUGCAUAUCAGCUGAUUAGUAAUGACAUAAAGACAG